AUGAAUUUCUUGCGCCUCGUUUGGAGCGUGACGCGCCGGGGUGCGUCGGUGUGCGCUGGAGUGCGCUGGAGUGGAGAAUACCUCACAAUCCACCUCCCCCCCUCCCCCACGCCUCCCUCGUCCCCCCCCGUCACCACCGCACGCCCGCGCUGCCUCCAAGGACCGCCGCCCUUAUUCUUUGUGGCGAGUGUUUGCGAGCACCUUGAGCUGCGGAGACAACACUCGUUUGUGGAUAAUGACUUUGGUGCUUUGGGCCCCGUUUGUGUGUUGUGCGCCCCCUGGAGGCCGGUGGCGGUUGUCGAGGUGCGCAGCAGCCGCAGGUAUUUUCGGUCCGCUAAUGAGGACGGCGGCGGGGCACAAAGGGGGCUGAUUAGGGGAAGGGGGGACGCAGGGGGGGGCGGGCCUCCAGCAGACGCACACCUGCACAGGUUCGAACAACAAAGGGACGAUGAUGCGAGAGUGCGGCUACAGCCAGAAGACGCCCGGGGAGGGGGGGGUUACGGGGGGGUUGGGGGGUGUAGCGUGGAGGUAGCAAAGCUCGGAGCAAAGAGUAGAGUUAAGGAAAUGUUCCAUCUCCAGUCAAAGAUCACUGGGGUGGAGUCGUUGGGGUCCAGGGGGAUUGGAGCCAAUGUCACGUCUGGGCUGUCACCUUCAGACGCGCCCUUCUGUCUCGGUCCAACUUCUCAAACUUCUUCAACUCAGAACGAUGGACUUAGCCACAUGUCGCAUUAUCUCAGCCCACAGUCCUGCCCCCCGACCCCUCUGCUCCCUGGGCCCCCCAGCCCCGUUCCCUGCCCCCGAUGGCUCCUGCUGGCACCCACCCAAACAACAGCGGCUCCAGACCUCAAAGUGAAGACGCGUGCAGAGGGAGCACGGCGUGAGGGCAAGGGUGUGAGACGGCAGCGUAAACACAGAGAGCGCGGCGCGUGCAAAAGAGUCUUCACUCCGAGCCUAGUGCGAGUCGAGGCCCGCGGCGACGAGUUCGCAACAAAAGCCGGCUAUUGUCAGAGGCGCGUAAAGAUGGCACCGCAUGAGGUUCCACCGGCGCACAUCAAGGCGGCGCGCCGAGGGAGUCAGAGCGGGUCCCUCUCGCUCCCCUGUGACCCCCCCUCACUCCCUCGUGACCCCCCCUUCGCCCCCCCCUCCGUAAACACAUUUGGAUUCAGAGGUUUGUUUUGUAAAGAUGCCCCUGGUUUGGGCGCCGUUUGGUGUGCGGUGCGGUGUGAAGGGACGCUGCGGAGAACAGUUCGGUUUCUAAGACCCAUCCGCACCCAGAACUCACCCGAUAAAGCCCCCGCGAACGCUCUCAGCGCCUCCAAUCGCUCACGCAAAUGA